AUGGGCUGCCAGUCGGCGUGCUACGAGUGGGCAGACAGCUACGACAGCAAGGAUUGGGACCGCCUACGCAAAUGCAUCGCACCCAGCCUGAAGAUCGACUACACCUCGUUCCUCAACAAGGCGUGGGAGGCGAUGCCGGCCGAUGAGUUUGUCGCCAUGGCCUCUGACCCCGCGGUUCUCGGGAACCCGCUCUUGAAGACGCAGCACUUCAUCGGUGGCACCCGGUGGGAGAAGACGGCGGAGGAUGCGAUCACGGGCUAUCACCAGCUCCGUGUGCCGCAUCAGCGGUACACAGACGCGACACGCUCAAAGGUGGCUGUCAAGGGCCACGCGCACAGCUUCAACAUGCACUGGUACAGGAAGGUGGACGGCGAGUGGAAGUUUGCGGGUCUCUGUCCCGACAUCAGGUGGUUCGAGUAUGACUUCGACAAGGUGUUCGCAGAGGGGCGCGGUGCCUUUGGGGAGGAGCAGCAGCAGGUAGAGGCCGCACACGCAACCGGGAUACCGGCGAAAUAG